UAAAAUUCAAAUUGAUCUUUUAUUUUUCAAUUGCAUAAACAACAAACCAAAAAAGAAGUUAGUGUUUUAAGAUUUUUUCUUAAACCAUAACGCGAUGCUUUUAAUUGCAUAGAUAGCAUAACUUAAAGCUUUUACAAAAAUAUUUACAGCAUGUGUAAGUACCUUUUCUACCAGUGUUUUACAGCAGUCUUGCAUCAUUAUGUACAUGGUCUACCAGGUGUAAAAAUGCAGAUCGCUUUAUGUUUAAUAAUGUCCAAGUUUGUUAGAAAAAACAAAGUACCUUUUGUUAUUGUUGGUGAGUAUGGUUAUAGGAGUAGAUGAAACAUCACUGGUAGCAACGGUGAAAUGUUGUUCCGUCAUCUUGGUUCACUAUGUAUGACAGUGGUUCCCAAAGUAUGGGUCGCGACCCAAACAUGGGUCGCACAGGGUUGAAAAAGGGUCGCGCAUGGGCGUAAAUUAAAAAAAAAACGAAAAAAAGGCACGCAAAUUAAUAAAAAAACACUCGCUUUUUCUCCUUUAAAAGUGCGCGCGUCUGCUCCCGAUUGUUUAUAAAGAAACACUCGCCUUUUCUCUCUAAAUAGCGGACGCGUCUGCUCCUGAUCAUCGAUAAAGAAACACUCGCCUUUUUUUCUCUAAAUAGUGGACGCGUCUGCUCCUGAUCAUCGAUAAAGAAACACUCGCUUUUUCUUUCUUAAUAGUGCACGCGUUCUGCUUAUUAAAUUAAAUUUUAAACAUAAAAAUGCGCUCAAAUUAGUGUCCGUUAACAGACAUAAAAUGUACCUAUUUACGGUCCUGUUGCGCCAAGCUGGAUUAUGACAUCAUUAUGUCAUUGCAGAUUUAUUUAUAACAGUCCUACAGUAAGUUACUGAAGAAGCACAUUGCAUUGCAGAUUUUAUUGCUAAAAAAUAGCGUUUAAGAGUGAGCAUAUGUCAUUGCAUAUUUAUUUACAACAGUCGUACAGUAAUUUACUGGAAAGUAGCGCAUUGCAGAUUGUAUUGCUAAAAAUUAGCGUUUCAGGAUGAGCAAAUAUUCUUACAAGCCAGAAUUUUUAAGUUUGGGGUUCACUUCUAUCAAUGAUCAUGGUACUGCGAAGCCACAAUGUGUGAUGUGUUAUGCAGUGUUAUCGAACCAGUCUAUGAAGAAAAACAAAUUGAAAAGACAUUUAGAAACAAAUCACCCGCAACAUGUAGAAAAGAAUCGUGUUUAUUUUCAGCACCGAGAAGUGGAACUAAAACGAAACCGAUUUUGCUCAACAACGAAUACAGCGCUGUUAGUCUCCAAGCAAGCCACGCUGGCAUCGUACGUGGUCGCGCUACGCAUAGGUAAAGAGAUGAAACCGCACACAAUUGGAGAAGAACUCGUUAAACCUGCAGCCAUUGACAUGGCCAAACUCGUGUGCGGUAACGACGUGGCAUCGAAAUUGCAGUCCAUCUCGCUAUCGAAUAACACAGUCAAAAGUCGUAUCGGAGACCUUUCACUGAAUAUAAAAGACCAAGUGGUUGCCCGAAUGAAGAAAGCGGGAAAGUGGAGCUAUCAACUCGAUGAGUCAACCGACAUUGGAAAGAACGCACAGCUAUUGGUUUACGUGAGGUACGAGGGUGACAAGAAUCUCGAAGAAGAAUUUCUGUUUUGCAAAACAUUGGAAACAACGACAACUGGCGCAGACAUCUUUAACGUUGUGGACAACUUUCAACAAAAAGAAGGCAUUCACUGGGAAAACUGUUUCAGCUUAUGCACUGACGGCUUAUGCACUGACUUAUGCACUGACUUAUGCACUGACGUGAAAACCUUGCUGCGCAACAUUUGUCUCCGGAUCUUUCAGAAGUGAUGCAGGAGGUUGUUGGUGUAGUCAACUUUAUCAAAUCCAGUGCUGUUAACUCUCGUUUGUUCGAGCAGAUGUGUGUUAACCUGGAGUCUCAAUUCCAACAUCUCCUAUUCUACUCUAAUGUGAGAUGGCUUUCUCGCGGCAAGCUCUUGCGCCGUGUAGUAGAUCUACGAACAGAGAUGCAGAUCUUUCUCAAUGAAAAAAAACAUCGCCAUGCUACUCGAUUUCAAGAUAAGGAAUGGAUGCUCAAAGAUGUUAUUUAAACGACAUCUUCACCGCAGUGAAUGAUCUUAACAUGUCAAUGCAAGGCAGAAAUCAAAAUAUCAUCACUCUUUCGGAGAAAUUGUCUGCCUUCAAAGAAAAGCUUCAGCUGUGGAAGAAAAAACUGGAGCGUGGACGAACG